UGCCCAGGCCAGGGGCGAGGCCCUGGUCCCAGCCUGGAGCACUGGGUGCAGCCUGCGGGACACAGAGGUGUGCACGCGGGCCUCCUUGGAGCAUGGGGCUGCACCGAAGGGGAGCUCGGCUCGGCGCCAUUGUCUGCGGUCUCCUGCUGUUCCUCGACCCGGGUCAUGGCCAGGACCCUGCCAGCCCCAUCCGGAACACACACACGGGGCAGGUGCGCGGGAGCCUGGUCCACGUGGAAGGCACCGAUGCGGGCGUCCACACCUUCCUGGGAAUUCCCUUUGCCAAGCCACCUCUGGGGCCGCUGCGCUUUGCACCUCCUGAACCUGCUGAAGCUUGGAGUGGAGUGAGGGACGGGACCUCCCACCCAGCCAUGUGUCUGCAGGAUGCAGCUAUAAUGACCGCAGCGACCGAGUUCCUCUUUAACACAGCCUUGCCUCCCACCCCCGUGUCAGAGGACUGCCUGUACCUCAGCGUCUACGCACCGGCCCACGCCCACGAGGGCUCCAGCCUCCCUGUGAUGGUGUGGAUCCACGGUGGUGCACUGGCUGUAGGCAUGGCUUCCAUGUAUGACGGUUCUGCGCUGGCGGCAUUUGAGGACGUGGUGGUGGUCACCAUCCAGUACCGCCUGGGAGUCCUGGGCUUCUUCAGCACUGGAGACCAGCACGCCACUGGAAACUGGGGCUACCUGGACCAAGUGGCCGCGCUGCGCUGGGUCCAGCAGAAUAUCGCCCACUUUGGAGGCAACCCUGGCCGGGUCACCAUUUUCGGCGAGUCUGCGGGUGCCAUAAGUGUGUCAUCCCAUGUGCUGUCACCCAUGUCCCAGGGUCUCUUCCACAGAGCCAUCAUGGAGAGUGGGGUGGCCAUACUGCCCGGGCUCAUCACCACCUCAUCGGAGGUGGUCUCCACAAUGGUGGCCAACCUGUCUGCCUGUGGCCAGGUGAACUCCGAGGUCCUGGUGCGCUGCCUGCGGGGCAAGAGUGAAGAGGAGAUGCUGGCCAUCACCAAGGCCUUCAGAUCCAUCCCUGGCGUGGUGGACGGGGUCUUCCUGCCCAGGCACCCCCAGGAGCUGCUGGCAUCGUCGAACUUCAGACCCGUCCCCAGCAUCAUCGGUGUCAACAACGACGAGUAUGGCUGGCUCCUCCCCAGGGUGAGGCUGAGCUCCGCACCCCUGGGGGACUCAGGACUCUGUCAGUUCAGGGAUCCCAGGGCUCUGUCGCUCUAGGCUUCACAGUUGAUGCUGCCGCCUGAGUCUGGGGACGUGUUGAUGGAGGAGUACAUGGGGAGCAGCGAGGACCCCCAGACCCUCAAGGCCCAGUUCCAGGAGAUGAUGGCAGACAGCCUCUUCGUGAUGCCUGCGCUCCAAGUGGCCCAUCUUCAGCGACCCCACGCGCCCACCUACUUCUAUGAGUUCCAGCACCGGCCCCACUUCCUAAAGGACAAGAAGCCGCCCCACGUGAAGGCUGACCACGGGGAUGAGCUGGCCUUUGUCUUUGGCAUCUUCUUUGUAAACCGCCAAGUGCCCCUCACUGAGGAGGAGGAGCUGCUGAGCAGGAGGGUGAUGAAGUACUGGGCCAACUUUGCUCGCAGCGGGAACCCCAACAGCGAGGGCCUGCCGCACUGGCCCGUGUUCGACCAGGACGAGCGAUACCUGCAGCUGAACGUGCAACCUGCAGUGGGCCAGGCCCUGAAGGCCCACAGGCUCCAGUUCUGGACCCACACCCUGCCCCAGAGGGUCCAGGAGCUAAGGGGCGCUGAGCAGAAGCACACGGAGCUGUAGCUGCCUGUGUGGGGGUGGGGGACAGGGGCUCCAGUGCAGGUGGGGCCCCGAUGCACUCACACACAUCCACAGAGAGAUGCAUUAGGCACUCUAACGUGGCCUCUCAAUCCUCCCUGCCUCUGUCAACUCAGCUGACCGUUGUGGAGAACCACGGCUUGAGGUUCAUUGCCAAGCCCGCCCUGGGUCUCUCGUGUGAGACACAUUCGAUGCACCCUCCUUGGAGCUGUGUUGGGCAACACCAGUGCCCACCCAGCUUCCUCAACACCCAUGGGCCCUGGGCCCCUCCUGCUUCAUGCCCCCUCCACCUUCUGCCCACCCUCCCUCUCCUCUCCUCCCAGUCCCAGGCCCUCCCCUUGUGGAGGGCGGUACUUUGGGGCUUUUUGCCCGCCCCUGGGUGCCAGUAGCCCCCCUCCUCCUCCCAGCAUGCCCUGUGAUCUCAUAUCUGUAAGUGAUCAAUAGAGGGUCUGGAUGCCGGGA